UACUAUCUCAAAGCAGAGAUGGAAUAGAUAAACAUUGCAAGCAUUGUUGCUGAAAGAAGUCGUCAGCAUUUGGACCUCAGCUAGCUCUAUACUUGCAUCCGAAUCCCUUAUUUUUUUAAAGUUUGAUAUGGAGGAAAAUGCACUUAAGGAUGUCCAAAAACAAGGACUAAAAGCUCAAAAUGAACUUCCAACUAUAGUUGUGCGUGAGUUUGAGCCGGCGGACAAACCGGAGGUCCAGCAGAUCUUUUAUGAAGGGCUGAUAGAGAUGGUACCAGACACUGCCUUCAGAGGCUUGAGACACCACCCUGAGAGUCUCCUGCUCUAUACUGCUAUGACUGUUAUAUGUUUUGUCAUCACCAUGUGUUGGUGGGUGAUAGGACUCCUCCCUGCAAUUGUGCUGUGUGGGCGCUACUUCUACAGCAGACGUGUGAUCCAUGGUUAUCUGGAGCGCGCCUUGAGCCAAGACAUGGGAGACAUUGAAGGCUUUUAUAUGAAACCAUCAGACUCCUGUUUGUGGGUAGCAGUGCUGGAAGGCAAAGUGGUGGGUGUCGUAGCAGCAGUCGGCCAGCAGAAGUCGGGAGGUGCUGUUGAGUUGAAGCGGAUGUCUGUGGACCGGAGCCGUCGGCGGUAUGGAGUUGGCGUGGCACUGGGACGAAAGGUUCUGGAGUUUGCAGUCACUCACAGAUACUCCUUUGUUGUCCUGGGAACCACAGCAUAUACACACGCUGCCCACAAGCUCUACCAGCGUCUGGGCUUCCGCUGUGUGGGGGUCACCAACGGGUAUGUCACACCUGGUGCGACAUCGUCCUUACUAGAAGGAAUUUUCUACAGGGUCCGCCAUCAUCACUACAGCCUCCAUGUGCAAAAUGGCAAGAUCACUUCAAAUGGACAACACUGACUGUAGUGGCAGUGCAGACGACUAAAGUGAGGUGAAUUUUCAAGACGGUCUGCACCAGAAAAAUUACAGUCUUGUUGUAUGUUUGAAUGCUUAUGUUUUCCUGUCAUGCAAAACCCUGAUGCCUGACCUUUGUCAAAGACAGAGUAGAGUGUUGUUAUCCCACCACUAUAUACACAAUAGUGUGUAUGUGUAGGGCCAGCUUUGGCGCAGAGGCAGAGCGGGUUGUCCCCUAAUUGGAAGGUUGUUGGCUGAUCCCCAGCUCCUGGUGCCACAUGUUGAAGUAUCCUUGAGCAAGAUACUGAACCCCGAAUUGCUCCCGAUACCGUGUGUGAAUGUGUAUGAAUGAGUUAGUUUCUGUUCGAUGGGCUGUGUGAAUGUGUGUGAAAGGGUGAGUGUGGCACGUAGUGUAAGAGCGCUUUGAGUGGUCGGAAGACUAGAAAGGCGCUAUACAAGUACAGGUCCAUUUACAAUAAAUAUACAGAUGUCUAUGGUGCUAUUAAGGUUGAUGUGUAUGAUUGGCCCUGGUGCUGUAUGUGCUUUUGUUUGUCUGGUUAUGUUAGUUUUUAUUUCUGUCUGCUGUAGUUUUUCUUCAAAUUGACCUCAAUGAGAUUGUUGGAAACUGUUUGGAAAAGGGACUUUAUUUUUGAACCAUCUGUCACCACCUGGCAAACUUCAACCAAUCAGAUCAACAAACUAUCAUACAGUCGAACUCUUACUCCUGAUAUAACUGAUGUUAGCAGCAUCUGUGCUAACGUCCUUGGCAGCCGCCAUUGUUGUUUAUCUCACGUAGCGGUGCCCAGCUCAUAUUCAUAAUUCCCUGCAGGCAUUCUAAUUAAAGCUUUAACUCUUUUUAUUUUAUUAUUCAGUGUAACAUUCAAAUGAACAUUUUUUAUCUGUGAGUCAACAACAAUGCUUUCUGUGUACUCUAAGGAGUGGUCAUUUGUGUGCGUUCUUUUUGAGAUAUCAGCCGAUCUUGAAAAUACAACUGCUCAGACAAGAUAAUAGGACAGAAGCUGAUCCCAGCUCUGUCAAGACUCACUUCCUCUUAGCUUCACUCCAGCUUACUCAGUGGUAAGACUAUUUUCUGGUUUUAGUCAAGAUGCUGCAUUUCAAACCAUUUGAAGAUUUUUGCUGUCAUUUUGCUGCCAGCCUUAUCUGUCUAUACUGAGUUUGCCUUUGAUAAAUACAGUACAAUAAAAUACAUAUACAGAAACACAGAUACAGAAAUUGAAACUGCAGUGAGAAGGUGUAUAUGGUGCUGGAAUAAUGUCGACACUUUUCACUGCUUUCUGCUGGGAACUGCUUGUGGAAAAAAUAGGCAUUGACUCAAGGGCAGUGUGGCUGCUUUAAUCUGUUAAUAUGGGCGCUGAAAUAAAAAGCAAGACGUCCCAUUACGCACACGUGCUGCUCAGACUAAACAAAAACAUUACAAUCGAACAAAUGAAACAAGUCUGGAUAAGUUAUUGAAUUGUUGACAAGCUAGGCCCCCAUUAGAGUUUGUGAAAUGUUAGCUCCAGUUUGCAUUGUUCAGAUGAAAUAUGAAAAAAUAAAACUAAUUUUGUUA